UGUGCUAACUAUUGAACCCAGCUGGUCCAGUUUUUUCAUCGGAGUGUUUGUUACAUUCAAAUGUGACAUGAAUGAAGGAGAAGACACUGACUGGUAUUACCAAAUCAACAAGGACGGUCGAGAAUUUUUCUCCUACAGGCCAUACAAGGACUCCAAAUUAGAAAUUAUAUCUACACGUGACAGUGGUGAAUAUCAGUGCAUUGGUGACAGGGUGAGCUCACGUGAUAAAAAGAUCAGUAAUACUGUCUCUAUAACUGUAUUAGCAGAUAAACCCAGGGCCACACUGACAGCAGGAACAACAAUCAUACCAGUAGGGGGCAGUGUGACACUGACCUCAGAUCAACCAAAGGCCCAAGUAACUUCUGGUAUGAGAGACAUACCAGUAGGGGGCAGUGUGCCACUGACCUGCUCUGUGAACUCAUCAUCAUCAUCUGGAUGGAAAUACUACUGGUACAGAGAUGAGAACUCCUCUGAAUCUCUGACCACACAAGAUGCAGUUUUCCACUCAAAUGGACAAAUCAGUGUCUCACAGGAAGGACUCUACAGGUGCAGAGGAGGAAGAGGAAACCCAGUUUACUACACAGAGGACAGCCAGUCAGUCAGGAUUGAUCACAGGGCAGAUGUCCCCACUGCUGAAAUCUCUUUGUUUCCUGUUCUGAUGAUCGUUGGACUAAUUUCUGGAAUUACAUUGAUUUUCCUCCUGCUCUUGUUGUAUUGCUGCAAAAAGUUCAAAGGUGCUGCUAACGACCAGACGCUCAAUCAGGAUGAAGAUCAGCAGCAAGUGUACUCCUCUCUUCUUCAUGGUGAUCGUUGUGUCUAUGAGACAGUCAGAAGAUGUGAAAACACUGAAAAUGGUCCAGCAGAAGGUGAUUACACCAAUGUCACAUCUGUGAUUCAGCUCGAAGUCAUUAACAAGACAAGUGACCACAAAAAUCCAUUUAAUGGAAAAAAAACAAAAAACAAAAAAACAAGACUUCACAAGAACCACCUGCAGAUCAGCCUGUCAGAUCAACCCCGUCCUGUCCUCACUGUGUCUCCAUCAUGGCUGAGUCCUGGAGCCUCAGUAACUCUGAACUGUGAGGUUGAACAUCCGUCUGCAGGAUGGAGCUUCUACUGGUAUAAAGCUGUUCCUGAUCUAUCAGAGAAAUCCUCCAGUUAUGAGCUGCUACCUGAUGGCAGUGGGACUGCACAGGACUCCUACAUCAUUCAUGGACAGACACACACAGCAGGAUAUGUGUGCAGAGCUGGAAGAGGAGACCCAGAGUAUCACACUGAUCACAGUCGACCAAAGUUUGUCUGGUCUGCAGAUGUUCAUUCAGCAGCGUCUCUCACAGUGAGUCCUGACAGAGUGCAACACUUCACCUCUGACUCUGUCUCACUGACCUGUGAGGGAAACUCUGCCAAGACGAGAAUGAGGUGGUUUUCUGAUAAUGGCCAACUGAACUCUUCUAACUGGAGCAGAAUGACUGGAUCCACAUGUAACAUCAACACAUCAGAGUCAGAUACUGCAGUGUACUGGUGUGAAUCUGAAUCAGGAGACUUCAGCAAUGCAGUCAACAUAUCUGUACACGAUUCUGAUCCUAUCCUGGUGAGUCCUGUUCAUCCUGUGACUGAAGAAACAUCUGUUAGUCUGAGCUGCAGUUCAAGAGAGAAAAUACUUUCCAAUGUGAUGUUUUAUCACAAUGACAAAAUUAUUCAAAAUGAUACCCGAGGGGAGCUGAAUAUCUCUGCAGUGUCAAAGUCUGAUGAAGGUUUCUACAAGUGUCAGUACUCAGGAAGAGAGUCAGCACAGAGCUGGAUGUCAGUUAAAGUAGCUGUGUCCAGUUCUUCAUUUCUUCUUCUGAUGAUCACUGGACUCAUUUUUGGAGUCAUAUUUAUUUUCCUCCUGUUCCUGUUCAAAAACCUCUACAGAAAGAAAGGAAACCGGGUGACCCAUGUGAUGUAG